AAAAAAAUCACCCACUAAAAGCACCUUCCUCUUCCUCUUCCUCCGCCCCCAAUCCCCCUCGUCUCACAACCCUAGCUGCCCCCGAAUCCAUGGAUCCUAACAAAUCCAGCACCCCGCCGCCGCCUCCAGUCAUGGGUGCCCCCGUUGCCUACCCUCCGCCUGCGUACCCUCCCGGUGUGGCCGCCGGCGCCGGCGCCUACCCGCCGCAGCUCUACGCACCGCCGGCUGCUGCCGCGGCCCAGCAGGCGGCGGCCGCGCAGCAGCAGCAGCUGCAGAUAUUCUGGGCGGAGCAGUACCGCGAGAUCGAGGCCACUACCGACUUCAAGAAUCACAACCUCCCGCUCGCCCGCAUCAAGAAGAUCAUGAAAGCCGACGAGGACGUCCGCAUGAUCGCCGCCGAGGCUCCCGUGGUGUUCGCCCGGGCCUGCGAGAUGUUCAUCCUCGAGCUCACCCAUCGCGGCUGGGCGCACGCCGAAGAGAACAAGCGCCGCACGCUCCAGAAAUCCGACAUUGCCGCUGCCAUCGCCCGCACCGAGGUAUUCGACUUCCUUGUGGACAUCGUUCCGCGCGACGACGGUAAAGACGCUGAUGCGGCGGCCGCCGCAGCUGCCGCGGCUGCCGGGAUCCCGCGCCCCGCCGCCGGAGUACCAGCCACCGACCCUCUCGCCUACUACUACGUGCCUCAGCAGUAAUGUAUCAUCAUCACGUUAUUGUUCCGUCUAUGUGCCUGAGCAAUAAUGUAUCAUCAUUGCCUUAUUGUUCCGGGGCAGUUGUGUUAUUUGUGUCUGUUUAGUUGCUGCUGCUGUUACCGCGUAAUAGCAUAUGUGUUAUCUGUGUCUGUUUAGUUGCUGCUGCUGUUGCCGCGUAAUAAAACUUGGUCAUUUACGGGGCUCCCUCAAGAUUAAGAAUUGAGUUGUUUGAUGGUAGAAUCCUGGUAAGGUUGUUGUAACUGGGGGGCGCCUUUGUUUGGGCUGGUAGUGUAUGCCUAGGCCUCACUUAUCUGAUGCUGUAAUGCGACAAGUAUUAUGUGGUUGUCUGGUAAUUAUUGUCCAAUUACUGCU